AUGGAUUCGGCCCCUGCUUCGGAUCGUGACCUGGAAAGUGAGGCCUCCGCCGACAGCCUGCAAAGCCUUCAAGCGGGCCUUGGCUACCUUGCUCGUCGGGUGCAGGCCCAGCAGAAUUCCAUUGCUGCUUUGGAAGAGCAGCUGCGGGCCUGCCAACAGGAGCAGAGGUCCCAAUUCGAUAUUAUCACGCAGCGCUUGCGCUUUCUGGAGCAUUUUCUUACUGCUUUGCGGCGGGCUUUCCAGAGCUUCGUGAGCAAUCCGGGCCUACCAGACUCGUUGCCCCGCUUGCCUUGGGAGUCGGGUGUUUUGGCUGCAAUCUUUGGCGAUGGCAUCCUGCCGAAGCCCCUGGUGGUACAACCGGGAGCACCUACCAAGGAUGCAGCGACAGCUGACGUGGAUCCCGACGGAUCCUCUGCCUCACGUACGAGGCCUGUUCCGAGUACACUGUACGAGCAAUCUUUCGCUGCUAGGGCGGAUGUCCCCGUACAAGAGGAGGAUGAACUCCUUUGGGCCAGAGCUGUGGGGAAGUGGUGCACCAUUUUUCUUCUGGCCCACAGCGACCCGGGGCAAGUGGGCGAACAAGCUGCACAGUGCCUCACCGCGGAAGGCGAGGCCGCGCGUGAUGAACUUCUUCGGGAUGUCUUUGGACUUAAGUCGCCGAGGACUGCGAUUAAGCGUGCUAACUCCUUGCUUCGAUGCUUCAGGUGGCAUCAAAGGGAACGCCACUUUGUUUGGCCUUGGGAUUUGACUUCUGUCACGGCAUUUGUGAAAUCCCUGGGUGACUCGGUCAGUGCGGUCAGCGGCCUUUUCGAGGCAAUCAACUUUGCUCACCAUGUGAUGGGGCUUCCUUCUCAGGCGGACAUUUUGGCAGAUCGCAGACUGCAAGGGAGAGCCAAGAGGCUGGCAGGAGAAAAGCCCGAGGCCAAGCAGCAGACACCUCUGACUGUGGAAGCGGUGGCCAAGCUUGAGAGGAUGGUUGCAGGGCGUCUUCUGUGCGUCAUAGACACUUACGUCUUAGGGGGCCUCCUGUUUGCACUCUUCAGUCGAUCCAGGUGGUCGGACCUGAAACAGAUAUACUCAAUUUGGAUCGACUUCGAUGAUGAUGAGCGGGUGUCUGGCUUCGUGGAAGCCCGGACAAGGGAACACAAAACGAGCAAUACGGUUCGUACCAAGAAACGGGCCAUGCCCUUGGUUGCGCCAUUUCCGGGAGUAACUGAGGCUGGUUGGGUGGCAGCUUGGUUUGAUGCGGGGCGACAAUUGGGCGUCGACUGGGAUUGCGUCCCCUUUGGUCCACUCGUACGGGCGCCCAACAGCAGCAGCCACCUCUGUGCCAGGAGAUGUUCUUCUACCGAAGCCGGCGCUAUGUUGUGCAACGCUUUGAACUUGGAGGGGCCGGAGCGGCGCACAUCACACGUGCUGAAGGGUACGACCUUGGCCUGGGUGGGCAAACGUGGAUUCAGUGAGCGCGACGGCCUGCUACUUGAUCCGGUGCAACACUUUCAAGCCCGACGCGACUCGCUCAGGCAUCUUCCGGCCCUCCUGCAGCAGGGGGUUUGGGUUUAUUGGAUCCUGGUGCCCAUGACGAGUUGGAAAAUUACAGAGCCCACAAUGUUUCUGAGCCAGCCGCCAUCGGUGACUUGGGUGGGGUCCUGGGACGAGGUCGACUUUCUCGGCGAGGUGCCCAGCAUGGAUGAGUCUGACCCCCCCGCCAGAAGGUCAGAGCCUGGCGCGGAGGUUGCUGGGGCGGAUGACCCGCCCGACUCCCCCUCCUCGGGUAGCUCUUCCUCUUCCUCGAGCUCGAGUUCCUCGGAGGCCAGUGAAACCGAAGAGCAGACCCUUGCUCACUGUGGAGUUGCCCAGCCGUUUGAGAUUGAUGACUUCGGCUGUAUACAGAUGGCUCGAUGGAGCAUAUUUCAAGUGGCCACGGUGUGCCGUGUGCUGGAAAGGGGCAUCAUGGCUUCUACCUCUGUCUUGUCUUCGACUGCUGCUUUCGACCGACAGUGCGAGAGAGUGGGGCUCGCUCGGGUGUGGAUCGAUGCCUUGAGAGCUUCCAGGGUCACGACCCUGGGGAAGUUGAGUUACACGGUGUCACUUCCGGGCACUCAGCCGUCUCCCGAUGACAUGGAGAACUUCACUUCAACAUUGCGUCCAGGUGCCCCGAUUACUCUUGGUGAUAGCUCGGCCAUGAAGCAGCUUAUCUUUGAGGCGCAAACCAUGACGGUAGCUGAGCUCCGCUCUACAAUGCAAUCUACUGAGGAAUUGCAUCGCAAGCUGCCCGCUUCAGAGCGUUCAAUGCGCAUCGAGGCCCAGAAACAGAGACUGGUUGGCCUCCCCUUGGAAGGCCCUCUUGCUGUUGCCCAUGGCGUGUAUGACAAGUUGGCAACUAUGCGUGAAAACGACGAAAUCAAAUAUCUCCCACCCAGCGAGUGCUUGACUCGAGACGCCGAGCUGUGCAAUGAGAAGCCUCCCAAGGCCCUUCAACUUGAUGCUAAUAAAACAGGCCUGAUUUUCAAGGAUGAAGCCGCGACUACGGCCAUGUCCAUUGACACUGAUCUGCAGCUUUAUCAAGCGAUGGUCAGGAGGGCCCUUGCUAUGGACCUCGUGGGGUUAGCUACUUAUGCUGUCGUGCAGAAAUGGAACGAGCGGUUGUUCCGUAUCAUGAGCCAAGAGCCUCCUCCGGAAUUCCAGAGGGUUUCAAGGGCGCAGGUGCUGCGUGCAGACCGCCAGUGCUUCUUGGAGCUUGCCCGGGUUUGCAAUGGGAAUCUGAAACCCGACUCUACAGGAGCCCUCCCCCUUGACAAGGAGUUCGAGAAGCUCGAAUUCAAUUCGAGCAUCAUGUACUUUCUGCUCCCCGUGAAAGGACGCGGCAAGGGUACAGGCAAGCGUAGGGACAGCCCGGGCCAGGCCAAUGCUAGCCCCGGCUCUGGCAAUGAGAAGAAGCGGUCAGGGAAAGCCGAUGAGGCUCCAGGCAAGAAGGUUAAAGUCACUCGUGAUCCCAUCCCCGAUGCCUUGAGGGGCAUGCACUCCCGUACGCCCGACAGUAAGCCCAUUUGCUUCAAUUUCAACCUGGGCAAGUGCAAGGACAUCUGCACAGGCGACCUUCUGGCUCAUGCUGUGCCGGAAUCGUCUUUGCGUGCAAGCUUGUGUGGCUUUCUCCGGACGGUGUUGCCAAAUUCCUUUGCCAUCGGCAGUGGAUGCUCGCAGGCUGCUGCAGCGCCGAUUGUGCCAGUGGACAUUUUGACCCACAAGGAGGCAGCUCGGAUUGGCAUUGGGGCGCAGCCGCGCAAGGCGUCCUUCUCACCUGUCCCCGAGUUCAAGCUCUUCAUGCAGGUGCCGUUGCAGGCAGAGCCAAAGCUGGAUUGCAAAAACCGCCUCAAGGAGCCCUUCCAUGUGCAGGGCAUGGUGGCUAAGGUGCCCAAUGCCACGUUCUCUGCCGUUGCACUUUACUCCAAUGUUUGUGCACCCAUGCACAGGGACAUGAAUAACCUAAAGGGUUCCCUGAACUAUGUUGACCACUCCCCAUGGCGGGUGGUUCUGAUCGGGUUCACACCUGCCCACCUCGACAAGCUCCCGCGCUCGGAAAGGCAGGUCGUGACACCAGUGUGCGGCGAACCUUCACACAAGCGGGCGCGCCAGGAUGAAGAUGUCAAGGUGAUCAAGAAGAGGCAGCGGUGGCUUGAGAAAUGGACAACACGGGCCGCAGAGAUUGGUGCAGAUCCGGAUCCUGAGUGGGGGGUCUCCGACCCCCACAUGCACUGCGUGCUGCGCCAGAAGAGGUUGCAAUUGUUGGAUGAAAUAAUUGCAUCCGAGGGCUAUGAGGACACCAACCUUGCUCACGACAUGAGGGCUGGCUUUGACUUGGUCGGCACUUCGCCGGUCUCCAACAUCCUGCCCCAGGUCACUCCUGCGACGAUGCACCCCGAUGACUUACGAGCGGCCGCUGCUCGGACCAAUGAGGCCUUGAAGACCACUUUGGGUUCAUCAGGCUGCAAAGUUCAGGACGAAAAGCUAUGGGACAAGACUAUGCAGGAGGCAGAGCGUGGAUGGCUGCUCGGGCCCUUUGACUGGGAGGACCUACCAGAGGGCCACAUAGUUUCCCACCGCUUCCCGCUACAACAGGGCGAGAAAAUUAGACCAAUCGACGAUUACAGCAGGAGUGGAGUGAAUGCCUGCGUGACUACCCUUGAACAGCCUACCGUAGAUACGGCCGAUGUGGCAGCCGCAAUGUUUGCCAAACUAUGCGAGCGACUUGCGAAGGCCAAAAGAUCCUCUCACAUCAAGGGUCGUUCGUUUGACCUUACUGCUGCCUACCGGCAGCUUUGUGUCUCGUUGGCUUCGCGACAGUAUGCUGUCAUUGCUGUGUACAACCCGCACACGAAGAAGGUUGCACUCUUUACUCAGAUCUGCCUGCCCUUCGGAUCCCGUGCUUCCGUGAAUGCAUUCAUCAGAUGCUCGAGGUGCAUACAGUGGUUGGCGACGACAUGUCUCCUCGUACCCACCACCUCUUACUACGAUGACUUCAUUGUGGCCGCACCGGACUGCCUCGCCUCGAAUACCGGUGCCACGAUGGAGCUGCUAUUCCGUUUGUUAGGUGUGAUCUUCGACACAGAGGGCCCGAAAGCAGAUGUGUUUUCCCGGCAAGUGUCGGCGCUCGGCUUGUGCUUCGAUCUCUCGGAGAGCGACAAGGGUGUUGUGGUUGUCCACAAUACUUGCAAGAGGAAGCAAGACAUUGCCAAGGCUGGCCAGUUCGCCUUGAAGCACCUCAGUGCGCACAUCCAUGCAUGGCCGUUUGUUGCGAAACUGAGCAAUGAGACGCUCCAGGCUUUGAGUUUCCUUCAUCUCCGCAUCACGGAGGGCCAACCCAGGAGGAUUACAAGGUCGCUGGGACAUCCGUGGCUAGUGUUCACCGAUGCGAGCUUUGAUCCUUACUUCACAGGCGGCCUCGGCGGUGUGCUGAUUUCCCCAACAGGUUCGGUGAGAAGUUGGUUCUCCUUACCUUUGGGUGAAGCGGACAUCAAGCCUCUUGUACCGCAGAAAGCAGAAACGGGUAUAGGUGAACUCGAAGCCAUCGCCGUUGUCCUCGCCCUUCAGCUCUGGUGUGGCCACCUUGCGUCGAGCGAGUGCGUUCUUUAUAUGGACAAUGAGGGUGCCAGAUUCUCUUUGAUAAAGGGCUGCUCCGCUGCUUGGUCGAUCACUAAGAUUUGUCACAUCUUCGCGGUGCUAUGCGAAGAAAGCACAAUCUUGCCCUGGUGUGCUAAG